AUGUCGAAUGAUAAAUCUCAAGCUGCUGACUUUUUUCACGUCUCCAAUAAGCAAGCAAAACCUUUCGAAAUUGUAGAUCCAUUCAACCCUUCAAAUACCUUGAAAGGAUUUAUUUGUCGAAAAGACGGACCUUUCGGAGGUAGUCUUUUCAUCACUCAUGUGAAUCAGGUGAAAUUGAAUGAACCACAAAAGAUUUAUGGUGUUCCCAAGUUGUUGUAUCCCUAUGUAGAUAAGAAAAAUAGUGAUGAUUUGGAGGAGUUUGAAGGAGCCGAAGAAAUUGUACCUAAAAAGAAAAAAGUUCCUGGUUCUUGUAAAUAUAAAUCGAGUUUUCAGACCGAUGAUAACAUUGUUGCAUUUGCAUUGACGAACAAAUGGAACGGAACUAACAUUCUCUUCUUCAAAUACUAUGACAAUUCUGGACAAAUGUUCGUCUCUGCAAAAACCAAAGGAAGUGCCACCUUAUCCGACACUCAAUUUGGAGACUUUUUUGCUCUCACUAAAGAAGCACUAUUUGGAAAGAAUCACUCCGAGAGAACCUUAGAUAUCAGUCAUCCUCCUGAAGUCCUUCAUGAAUUUUUCAAACGACCUGAAAUUCAAUCCAUUUCAUGUGAAUUGUGUGGUAUCAAAGAACCUCAUUUGGUCAAGUAUGAUUUUGAUAUUGCAUUGAAGCCAUUAUUCAUGCAAUUUAAAAGUGGUGGUAAUAUUGAACCGAUUAUUGAUCCCAACGAUACACACCAACAAUUGUUCGAGUUUGUCAACUUUGCUGACAUGUGUCACAUUUGUAAGGAACGACAAAAACAUGAUUUUGCUUUGAAUGAUGAAUACAGAAAGAAAAAUAAUUUGGAAAUUCGAUACGAGUACAAUCAUUUUGCUACAGAAGGAGCUGUUCUGUAUAUUUUAACCAAACCAAACAGAUUAUUAGGACAAUAUAACUUUGGAAAUGAUUGGAUUGGAGUCUCCAAUCGUAAACUUUACAAAAUUAAACCCAAAGAUAUUGAAGAGGUUCAUUGGGGAACAUUUGGAGAAAAACAAAAAUCUCUGGUUGAAAUUGCAGUCAAGAAAUUACGUCUUCGUGAGAAGGAAUUCUCAAAAGACUCCCUCAGAGAAGAAUUAGAUAUUGGUCCAAAAGAAUUUAAAAGAUAUCAAAACGAUAUUCUCCAGUAUGCGAGACAAUACUUUAAUAGUAUGCCAAAAACGAGCAAAUCAAGCAAAACCAACAAGAAAAAGAAGUAG